AUAAUUAAUCUCAGUUAUGCUCUGAUUUCUCAUCAAACAACAAAUUAAAUAAAGAAAAAUCAAAUGCACCUUUUUUAAUGCUUUGUAUUAUCUAAAAUAUGUAAUAUGUAUGAUAUAGUAUCUAAUAUAUUUUCAUAAAGUAGAGAAUUCAUCAAAUGAUUUAUAUGCUAUUGAAGUGUCGGAAGGCAGAUUUACGUAUCUUGAUCUGUGGCAGAAUAGUUGCCAAGCCUUGGUAGCUUCUGAGCAGCUGCCCGUGAGAAUCUCAGUAAAAACAUCACACAAAGGGACCAACUUGAAAGCAAAAUGUCAUCUAUGAAGGAAAUUGAAAUUUCGAAGAUUAUUGAUUCUCAAGUUACUUCUGGGAAAAAAAUAUUAGAUGAAACUUCAAUGAAAAAAUUGAAAAAUAUAUGCAAGUCUUCUAAUGAAUAUGUAUAUUUCACUUACAAUGUAUUAAUGACUCAAUUAAGAAAAGAACAUUCAGAAAUACGAUACUCUGUGCUUUUGAUAAUUAAUGAGCUCUUUCAAAGAUCAUCUCUCUUCCGAAAACUUCUUGAAAAUGAUUUAGAGGAAUUUCUUGAAUUGGUUGCAGAGAGUGAUCCAGAUCAGCCUCUUCCACUACCUCAAGCUGCUGCUAAAGAUUUGAAACUAAAAAGUAUAGAAUUCCUUCGAGCCUGGACUUCAAAGUUUGGUGAAAAAUGUGUUAGAUUGGAGUUAGCUCUUACCUAUCUUCAAAAAUGUCUGAAGAUUGAUUUCUCUGAUAUGGAAGCCAGAAGUAUUGCUGAAAGAGAAAGAUUGCGUCGAGAACAAGAAAAACUAGAGAGAAUUAUGAAUGAGAAAGUAAAUAGAGUCAAGAAUGAAAUGCUGGAAAUUUCAGAUGAAAUCUCGAAUACAGCUUUACAAAUGGAAAAUUGUUUCAAAUUGCUAAUUCCUCACCCUACUGAGUUCUUUUCCCUUGAUGAUUUCUCUACAACUGAAGAACAAAAUACAGAUCACUCUGGAAAAGAAAAUCAAGCAGAAAAUCCCGAUAUCCAAUCUGAUUCAAAUAAAAAUUUAAAAAUAAAAACAAAUGAUGAUGCAUUGAGGCAUCAUGGCCUACAUAGUAUGAGGGAUACCAUUACGAUUGAACUUAAAGAAAGUUCUGAACUCGCUGUUAAAGUAAAUGAAGAUAACCAGCCUAUUGUUGAAAAUUUGGAAGAUUUGUAUAAGGAAAUGAGCACACGGUUUUUUCCAGCAGUUAAACGGUGGUUAAAAAUCCUUACAAAAGGAAAUAAUUGUACAGAUACUUUGAAGAAAGCCAUUGACUUAAAGCAACUCAUAGAGUCAGUUUUUGAAAAAUACAAGGAGCUUAAAAUAAAAAGUGGUUUCUGUGAUGGCGAUGAUGACUUGGAUGAUGAAGAUGAUGAUUUUAUUGAAGUGAAAGAAAAGGAGGGAUAUGAGGCCAAAGCAGUUGCUGAAAGCUGUACACCAGCAUCACUUUCUCAACCUUCAUGUUCCAAAACACUGACUGAAGCUGAAAUGGCAUCCAAGUGGAAUCUUACUCAUUCUAAAGAGGAUGUUAAAGACCCGACGUCUGCUGCAUCAACCCUCAUGAAGCUAUCUAGAAAACAUGAUGUUUCUCAGGAGAAAGAUUCCUCUAUUUGCGUUUCAACAAAACCUGCGGACAAAAAGAGGAGAAAGGAUGAAUUGCUAGAAAAAGCUCCGGUUUUACCAUAUGAUAUUGACUUAUACCACUGGGAAGAAGAGAAGCUGGAUGCACCAGAACAAAUAAAGUAUGACCUUGACAAGUUUUGGUUGACUAAAGAUGAUCAAGAAGAAAAUGAAGCUCUCAGAGAGGCUCAAAUCGCAAGCAUGAGAACUAGAAAAAUAGAUUUCAGUGGAAAAUUUGAACCUGUUAAAUUUGCUUGCCGAGCUCCUUUACCUAGUGGAAAAUUAUGUCCUAGGAAAGACAGAGUUAAGUGUCCUUUCCAUGGUAUCAUUGUUAAACGGGAUGCUGAUGGAAAACCAAUUGACUCUCCUGAUAGCACACCAGGGCCAAGUACUAGUACGGCACCUAAAGUUCCUGAUUGGCAAGAUCCUAGUUUGCUCAAAGAUAUUGAAGCUGCUACUGGUGUCAACUUGAAAAUUCCACAAAAGAAAGCAAGAGGGAAAAAGAAAGAAUGUGGCUUAACAAAUAUUAAGAAGAAAAAUAAUAAUGUUAGAGAAAGAUUAUCAAAGAAAGUCGUAAAAGGGUAUAAGCAUUAUGCAAGUAAGCUGGAUGAAAUGGAUAGAAAAAGGUUCAAUGACAAAUUUGGAGACCAAUGGAAUUACUACUAAUUAUUGUAUUACAUGUUUUGAUUGUGAAUGGAACAAUAAAUUUUUAUAUCUUGUAUUUUAUCUAUUUAUAUUGUACAUAAUAAAAAAAAGUUGUACAUAUGUAUUUUAAAAACAAUUUUAUUGAAUAAACGUUUUAAAGUUA